UAAUCCUACACAGACUAUUCAGGAAAGUAUAAGCGAAAUAGUAAUAUAAAUCCUACGCUCACGACUACCACAAUUACCACUACCCACCACCACCACCACCACCACUGCCUCUCAAGAUGGACCCCGGCAAGAUCUUUCAAAUCAUCACCAACAGCACCCUCCUAGCCACCCGCCUGCUCCCCGCCGGCCACACGCCCCUCCUGGAGUUCUCUUCCCCCCGCUACUGCGCCGCACUGCCCGAGGACAGGCCCCCAGGCGGCACCGUCACCACCGUCACCGCCACCCACAGACACGGCGCCGAAGUGAGGUACAGCAUCACGGGGGGGAACAGGGACGGGCUCUUCACCAUCGAUCAGCGCAAGGGAAUCAUCACACUCGCUGCCGCCCUGGACUACGAGAUCAGCAACGAGCACGAGUUGGUGGUGUCUGCCGAGGGUGACAUGGAGGUGACGCAUACGGUGGUGCAGCUGAGGGUGACCGACGUCAACGACAACCCCCCGGUCUUCCUGAACCCCGACCCUCGCAUCACCCUGGUGGAGGAGGACGACCGAGACUUGCCCGCCCCUGUGGCGAAGGUGAUGGCAGUGGACGCAGACAGCCGGGAUGCGGGGCGUCUGGUGUACCGCGUGAUCGGCGACGGAACGCACCAUGAGGAGACGGGCGGCGGCGGUAGCGGCUGGGAGACGUUCUUCGCUAUCCACGCCCGCACCGGAGACCUCAUCCAGCUGAAGGCGCUGGACCGGGACCCGCCUCAGGGCAGGGACGAGUGGCGGCUGCGCGUGGAGGUGCGGGAUGGCCAGUGGUGGGAGGAGAAAGACGAGGUCACCCCCACGCUGCCCAACCUCUCCUCCCCGACGCACCACCACCGGCAGGCGUCAUGGGGCCACCGGGAGCCUGAGGGGGACACGCACAUUGGGGAAUCAAGAGGUCAGAGGCGUGGCGGAGUCGGGGUCACGGUGCCAAGUGGUUACAGAAGCAGGAGAGCUGAGCGUCGCGCGUCACUCAGCGACUUCAUGAUUCACGGCACGGAGCGACUCAUCUCCUCGCCUCUUUACGCCCCGGACGCAAUGCAAACUGCCGAGGCCACCACACGUCUUCCAGGUUUUUCCAGACGGGCGCCAGGAAAGCUCCGGAACCAGGACUCAUACUCAUUCAAUCCUAGACUCGAUGAUGACAAGGUGAUGACUUCCAGGAUAUCUGAUACGGGGGGAAAAAACAAGAACCCUCCUUCCGACCCUUCCGCCUCGGCAGACUUGAGUGACAGCCGCGGGACGGUGCCUCGAGACUUAGAAAUGAGACACGUGGCGCCGCCGUUCAGGAAGGUUCGCCACGCACUGUUCUAUCCGCCCCGCCUCACCUUCGGGGUCCAGGAGUUUCAACGUGAGCUACGAGAAGACCCUCACCUGGAGCAGCGACGGAGGCAAGGCAGCAUUAACGAGGACGAUGUAAAAGUUUCCGUCUUAGGAGAAGAUUGCAGGAAGCCGCUUGAGAUGAAACAACUCCUCGCAGACUCAUCCGUGGCAGAUCCCGGCCAGCACGACGCUCCGGAGACACUCUCAGAUCGCACGAGAGGGAAGGGGGACAGGACAAACCUCAGGACAAACCUCUCACAACUCCCCGUUACGAGAGGUACUCAAGGCAUGUCAGGAAAGUCGAGUCGGAGGCAGAGGAAUCCCAAGAAGUCUCGCGCGGGACAUAAAGAAGCCAAGCUGUCCCUCUUCUCGCCUGGACGAAAACACUCAACAGACAAGGACCAGCAACACAACGCCGCCGCAGAGAGCACAAACACGCGACUCCUCCAAGACACGAAUGUUUCAGAGUCUUUUACCGCCUCCCGUCGCCUCGUGCGUUCCUCCCAGCGCCGUAAGGGUCACAGGGUCAAGCGGGAUGCCACUGACGCGGACUACGGAGGGCUGGAGGGCAUCCCGACAGAGGAGAGAGGCUGCGACGAGGCGAUGUUUGACUACGGUGACGGGGGCGGCGACUCAGGUUGGCGUGUGCACGUGGUGGAGACGGUGGUGACGGUGAAGGUGAAGGACAUCAACGACAACGCCCCCGUCUUCCCCGACACCACCAUCUUGGGCGCCGUGGAGGAGAACGGUGCUACGGGGGCGAGAGUGGUGGAGGUGAAGGCGUGGGAUGCGGACGACGACAAGGACGGGAGCAACGCGCGCCUCACCUACGCCAUCGAGAAGAACGUGGUGGACGAGGCCUCCGGGUCCGCCCUCUUCAGCAUGGAGCCGCACACGGGACAGGUCAGGACGGCGCGCUGCUGCCUCGACAGGGAAGCCACGCCCGAGUACCGCCUGCAGGUGGUGGCCGCCGACGGGGGAGGCCUGAAGGGUACAGGGACGGUGGUGGUGCGCGUGACGGACGAGAACGACAACCCGCCCCGCCUUGCCCGCCGCCAGUGGGAGCUGGAGGUGGACGAGACGCCGCCGUAUACCCAGCCGCCCAACACGACCCUGCUCAAGCUGACGGCCACGGACAAGGACGACAACAACACCUUCCUUUAUAGGGUGGUGCCGGGAAGCGGGCCUGGCUGGGAGAACUUCGGCAUGCGCUCCUUGGGUUCCUCCGGGCAGCUCUUCGCCCUCAGGAACCUUGACUACGAAGAGGAAAGCCACCGACGAGGCUUCCGGUUCAUGGUGCAGGUAACGGACCAGGGUUCCCGGGGGUGGGAGGACCUCGCCCACAUCGACUCCGCCUGGAUCACCAUCCAGCUGAGGGACGUGAACGACAACCCGCCGGUGUUUUCCCGCCCCAACACCCACGUCAAGGUGCAGGAGGACGCUGCCCUCGGCACCCUGCUGGCCACGAUGCCCGCCCACGACCCUGACAUGGGCGGGACACAGGACGUGAACUAUCGAUUGGAGGGUGGCUGGGGCGCCCUCGCUGUAGACGCCAACGGCGGCGUCAGCCUCAGGCGACAGCUGGAUCGUGAGGCUCCCGGCGGUGCCUCGGGAAAGGCGCUGGUGGUGGCGGUGGACCGCGGCAGCCCGCCCCUCUCCGCCACCGCCACCAUCACCAUCACCGUCACUGACGUCAACGACUGUCCGCCGCGCUUGCUGCCACCAACACGCCUGCAUGUGACGGAGGGCGGCCCCUCCACCCGCCUGGGCGUGCUAAGGGUGACGGACCCCGACGUGUGGGGGCUGGGCCAUGGCCCGCCCUUCACCCUCGCCUUGGCGCCCACCAACCCGCCCCACGUCUUCUCCCUCAUCGAGCUCAGAUUUGACCAACGACUGGAGAGCGGGCGUGGCGGGGCGGAGCUGUGGACGAGGGGCGCCGUGGACCGGGAGCAGCACCGACAGCUGAGCGUGGCGGUGCGGGUGUCCGACGCCCAGGGCCUGGCCGCCACACACCGCCUCACUGUGCUGGUGGACGACCUCAACGACAACCCCAUGAAGCCCGCGGCCAAAGCAGUCUACCUGUGGAAGACGCAGGGUGCCGGGUCCGAGGCGCCGCUGGGCAGGGUCUUCGUGGAUGACCCGGACGACUGGGACCUCGGCGACAAGGAGUUCGAGUGGGCGGGUCCUCCUCACCCUUUGUUCACCCUCCACCCCCGGGACGGCACCAUCCUCGCCUCCAGCCAGGUCCGGGAGGGCAGGUACGAGUUGCACUUCUCCGUGAGUGACCGGGCGUGGCGUCAGAGGGGCGUGGCCGCUAACGUGACGGUGGCAGUGCGGCUCCUCACCCCGGAAGCCCUGGCCCACGCCGCGCCCCUCGCCCUCACGCCCACCACGCCCGCCGAUCUCACCCGCGGCUGGUCCCCUGCGAAGGGCGGCGGAGGGCUCGGCUCUUUACUGAAGGGGGUGAAAAAGGUGCUGGAAGAGCCGGACAGCAAGGUGGAGGUGGUCAGCGUGUACGGCGGCUGUGCUCCCCCUCCUGCUGCUUCACCAUCCUUGCCACCUACCGCGCCCCCUGCCACGCCCCAAGACACGCCCCCCGCGACGCCCCCAGCGACACCCUCUACGUGUGUGUGGGUCAGUGUGAGGGACACCCAAGGGAGUUACAUGAACGCCGUCAAACUCCAGGGCCUCCUUGCGCUCCACACCCGCCAGCUGGAAGCGGCCACCAACCUGACAGUAGUGGUGGAUGACCCCGCCGCCCUGGCCCCCACCGCCUGGAAGCACCGCCACCACCACCGCCUGGGCGACCAACACACCGACGGAGGCGACGACGACGUGACCCUCCACUCCGCCGCCUCCCUGGCCUCCACGCGCCUCCCCCUACAGGUCGUGGACACAAACGCCACCGCCCUCGUCACGCCACGCCUCACCCGCGCCCACUCCUGCCACGCCCACGCCCACACCCACGCCCCCGACCCGGAGGACUGCACGCCCACCUCCUGCCUCAACGGUGGCCGCUGCGUCAGGACCGAGGAAGGCAACGACAGGUGUGUGUGCCCCGGGGGAGCCUCGGGGCCGCAGUGCAAGGUGUUGUCCCGCACCUUCUUGGGCUCCGGCUGGCUGUGGCUCCACCCGCUGCCGCCUUGCCUCCCCGUCACCCUCUCCCUCCGCCUCCUUACCAGCCAAACAAACGCCCUUCUUCUCUACUCCGGGCCCUUGGCACCCACACCCCACCACGCCACACCGACCCCCAUGCUCGCCCUGCAGCUGGUGGACGGGCGGCCCCAAGCGCUGCUGGAGGGUGAAAGCGGCCCACUCAAGCUGCAGGUGAACAGCACUCUCAACGACGGCCACUGGCACACCCUGCACCUGGCACUGGACUCACAGGGCGUGGUGAUGAUGGUGGACCUGUGCGGGCGGGGCUGGAAGGACGGGCCCAAAGGCGAUGCACACUGCCUGACGCGGGCACGCUGGCGGACUCCCAGAAACGGAGGCGCCUGGCUGGACUCCGUGCCUCUGCAGGUGGGCGGCCUGGCUCACUCGGUGCCCCGUUUGGAGGACCACGGGUGGCGGGAGGCGCCCACGCAGCAUCACCUGACAGGGUGCCUCGCCCGCCUCACCAUCAACUCUCAGGUGUUGGACCUUGGUGAGCCGGUCUACAACCACGCCACUGAAAGUGGCUGCCGCCCGCAGGACGUGGCCUGCUCCCAGGGGCCGGGUGGGUGUGGCCUGCGGGGUCAGUGUGUCGGUGGCCUGAAGCAGCCCCGGUGUGAGUGUGACCCUGGGUGGAGAGGACCCGGCUGCUCCACUCCGACCGUGCCAGCCCGCCUGGGGUCGGCCUCUUACAUGAAGGUGGCGCUGUCCUUCACGCCGGGGCCGCGGGUGGUGCGGGUACAAGUGCGGGUGAGGUUUCGGGGUGCCAGAAGCGGCUUGCUGCUCCAGCUGGCCGCCCACCACCGCGCCGCCACCUAUACACUACACUUGCAGGCGGGCGUGGCGUGCGCCUCCGUGUCGGGGGCCGGCUGGGCGGCGCGACAAACAUGUGUGGAGCGGCGGCCGCUGGGAGACGGUGCCUGGCACACCAUCGCUGCUGAGCGUCACGGCGACAACCUGCUGGUAAGCGUCGACGACGGCAACGGCUGGCAUCUCAACGAGACCCUGGCGUCUCUGGCGGCACCCAACGGGUCGGUGCCGCCGCCGCCCCUCAUUGUGGAUAAGCACGACGGCGUGACGGUAGGCGGCCUGCCGGAGUUCAGGGGCGUGGACCUGGUGACCGUCCAAAACGACCUGCAGGACACCUGCCUUGACGACCUGAGAGUGUCGGGCCAUCCACUCCCGCUUUCGCCCGCUGUGAACGGCACCAGCUGGGGUCAAGUAACAACACUGGAGCAGCUGACUCAGGGCUGCAGUCCUGCAAGGGACCCAUGCAUAGAUACCAGCUGUGCGUCGCCACUCUCCUGCCAUCCGGUCUGGGAUCAGCCCUCCUGCAGGUCAGCUGUCCCCUCCUCGUCACCAAGUUUCAUGGGAACACAUGUAACAUUUGUAUUUUAUUUCCUUCAGACGUGCAUCACAGACCUUCAUCCAUUCUUGUUGCUGAGGCGUGUGUGGGCCAGAGUUGCAGUGAUACACUCAGCACCACGUUGGGUUAAUAUCAACAAAUAUUUUCGCGGCAGCUGUGGUCCGGGCGGGCGUCAGGUGGCCAGCGUCUGUGAGGACGUGGACGAGUGCCUGUGGCGGCCGUGUCUUCACGGUGGUUCCUGUCACAACCUGCGGCCGGGCUUCCUGUGUGUGUGUGGGCCAGACCACCUGGGUGACCACUGCCAAUGGGCCAAGAUAGCUCCGGAAGGUCAUCCGAUCACGGCUCCAGCGGCAAUAGCUGCCAUCACCGUUUCCGUCCUUGUUCUAGCCGUGCUGGGCAUGGUACUAUCCCUGCGGCGCCGCCGUCUGCGGGUGGCUCGAGGGCUUCAAGCUGAAGCGGAAAAAGUUAGCGGCAGUAGUCUGCGAAGUGCCACGUCUGGCGCCGGAAACAAGGCUGAGGAAGGUGGCGACGACACUAUGCUGGAGCUGCUGAGGCUGAAGGUGUCGGGAGACUCCCCUGAACACCGGCGGGAAGGCAUCGAGGGGGGCAGCGGCGGUGGCAGCAGUGGUGGAGGCAUCACUCCCAUGGUGGUGGCAGCAGCCCAACACUUCCCUGUUCCGCCGCCCCCCAAGGUGUUCCAGUCAGAGGAGAGCAUAAAGGCCUAUGCAUACGAGGAGGAAAUGUCAUCAACACUGUCAGAUCUGACGAUAAGGCAAACAGGUGGCCCCUGCCUCGUCCCUGGAGCAGCGGGUUUCCUCGUCAACACUAGCGCGCCCCGCCCGGCUCUCCCCGACGCCCAGGCCACAACGGUGGACUUGCAGGGACGCACCACAGUCGGGCUGGCGAAGGAAAAGCCUCUCAUCUCCUCCACUUCUCCUCCCGCAGACUGACCUCGACACAGCCUCCGCCUCCCCGCCGCGCCCCGAGCGCUGCUUCCCGUCCGCCACGCACGAAGGGGGGGCGGCCAGGCUUCCCCGUCGCCGCCACCGCCCCCGUCGCCUCGGAUCCCCGGCUGUGGCAGCAAGAAUUGAC